AAAGAAGAAGUGAAUGGAUUAUGGACUGUGGUCUUGUACCAUAGCUAGAUAAAAAGCAUGGAUGGAUCAACAUAACUGCGCUCUCAAGUUUCCUAUCAACCACUCCUGGCAUCUUAUGGAGUGUCCUCUUCUUCAAAAUCCUUCAAUUUUUUAAUCCGAAUUUUAACUCCCCUUUUUUUUCAUAUAAAUUUUCUCUCUUUCAGUUUUACCAGUCCUAAAUCCACAUAUUGCUGUGCCCCUUUUGUAAUUGCUCUAUUUUUGUUCUCCUAUGAUUUCUUGUCGCCUGAAAAUUGUGUUGCUUAGUAAUAAUUUCAUUCAUUAGGGCCAAGCUAUAGGCUUUAUUAUCCCGGAAAUGGUUCCAUGGGGCGGACUCUCUUGCUGUUUAAGUGCAGCUGCACUUUACCUUCUCGGCAGGAGCAGUGGAAGAGAUGCUGAAGUGCUUAAAUCCGUUACAAGGGUUAAUCAAUUGAAAGAUCUUGCACAACUACUAGAUACUGCAUCCAAGGUGUUGCCUCUGGUGGUUACUAUAUCUGGAAGGGUUGGUUCAGAUACACCAAUUAACUGUGAGUACAGUGGUCUACGAGGUGUGAUUGUGGAAGAAACUGCCGAACAGCAUUUUCUGAAACACAAUGAUGCAGGCUCUUGGAUACAAGACUCUGCUUUGAUGCUCUCGAUGUGUAAAGAAGUUCCGUGGUACCUGGAUGAUGGCACAGGUCGCACGUUUGUGGUUGGUGGCCGUGGUGCCACGGGUUUGGUACUGACAGUUGGAAGUGAAGUCUUUGAAGAAGCAGGGCGAUCAUUUGUGCGAGGGACAUUGGAUUAUCUCCAAGGUCUUAAGAUGCUUGGAGUGAAAAGGAUUGAACGUGUGCUGCCAAUUGGUACUCCUUUGACUGUUGUUGGUGAGGCUGUUAAAGAUGACAUUGGUACAGUUCGGAUCCAACGACCACACAAAGGCCCGUUUUAUAUCUCUCAUAAAACUAUUGACCAGCUCAUUGCAAAUCUUGGGAGAUGGGCAAGGUGGUACAAGUAUGCUUCAAUGGGUUUUACUGCCGUCGGUGUAUAUCUACUUGUGAAGCAUACUUUUCAUUAUGUGAUGGAAAGAAAGCGUCACUGGGAACUGCGCAGGAGAGUUCUUGCUGCUGCUGCUAAAAGAGCAGGACAGGAGGAUGAAGGUUCUAAUGCUACAGCUGAGAAUGGAGUGGAUAAUAAAAAGGACCUCUUAAUGCCAGAUCUAUGCGUUAUAUGUCUGGAGCAGGAAUACAACUCAGUUUUUGUCCCGUGUGGUCAUAUGUGCUGUUGCAUGACGUGCUCUUCACACUUGACAAACUGCCCUCUUUGUAGGAGACGGAUCGAGCAGGUUGUGAAAACUUUUCGCCAUUGAUCUGCACAUUGGAUCAUAGCCUUAGGUUGUAACAGCUCACAUGGGACGAGCAGAAAGCUGAUUCUCUCGCUGCCUUGUUGAAAUCGUCUGCUAAAUAUCACUUUCUCACUCAUAAAAUCAAAUUUCUGGUUCUAAUAGCUCAUUCAAAGGUUUAUAUAAUUGUUAUCCUUUUUGGGAACUCGGAUAUUAACUUGUAGAUGGUAUUGAGAGCUGGAUUUUAUCAUAAAUUGAAGAUUUUUAUGCCGUUA